AUGUCUACUUUUUGUUUUUCUUUGUGUGACGAAAGCAAAAUGGAAGAUUAAAUUUGUAUAUAUACAGCGUACAGGUCAUUCUAUACUUCAUGUACUCCUUAAAAUAUUAAAACUAUCCCUAAAAAAAUACUAACAUAACAUUCAGCAUUCAGUAACUUGACUACGUUUAUGUUUAUGUAAUUAAACCGAAACAUAUGUAUUUCACGGGAACAGUUCUGUUGGGUGGUUACUUUUAUUAGAACUUGUUCGGCUGUCCAGCGUUUAUUGCAGCCGGCAUCGGCGCCGCUUAAGCUUGUCCCAGCGGUGGAGGAUAUUGGUUUGGUGGCGGUGGAUAGCUCGGGUAAGGUGGAGGUGCCUGAUUAAAGCCUUUAGGAGGCAGGAUGUAACUAGCUGGAUUGUAGUUCACCGGCGGAGGAGCAUGUACUUGUUGCGUCGUCAUGUGUGUGUGAGUUGAGACCAUUUGUUGUUAUGACUAUUGGCAGGUGACGACCACAGUACCGGAUGUACGAUAGAGACGGGAAACAAUAGCAAGCAUGAUGACGAAGAAAAUAAUUGUGCCGAUAGUAACACCUGUAAUAGCUCCACUGCUCCAACCACAGAAUGA